UUGCACAGCCGGUGAGGACUCCUAGGACCUCUCGGGGCCCAGGAGGCCACUUUUCUUCAGGUCACUGACCCCCUGGGAAGGAGGGAAGGAGACAGGCUUUACAGGAAGAAAACAAUGGUGCCUGAGGAAGCAGCUUGCUAAGGAUUCCACGCAGGAGCCGGAGCGAGAGCCACGCGGGGUGCACCGCCGAAGCGCCCGGUCCCGCGCCCGCGUCCCCACGGCAUGCCGGGUCCCCGCCUGCUGGCCGCGCUCUGCGGCGCGCUCCUCUGCGCCUCGGGACUCCUCGCCUUCUCCGGUGACUUCUGUGACUCUAGCCAGUGCCUGAAUGGUGGGACCUGCCUGUUGGGCCAGGACAACACCCCCUUCUACUGCCUCUGCCCUGAAGGCUUCACAGGCAUCAUCUGCAAUGAGACCGAGAAAGGUCCUUGUAUCCCAAACCCCUGCCACAAUGAUGCUGAAUGCCAGAUGAUCAAGGGCGCACACCGGGGGGACGUCUUCGCCCAGUACUUCUGCAAGUGCCGUCCUGGCUACACGGGCGUCCACUGUGAGACCACCUGCGCCAUGCCUCUGGGCAUGGAGACGGGCGCCAUUUCCGACUCGCAGAUCUCUGCCUCGUCUGUGCACUUGGGCUUCCUGGGUUUACAGCGCUGGGCCCCAGAACUGGCCCGCCUGCACCGCACGGGCAUCGUCAAUGCGUGGACGGCCAGCAACUACGAUAAGAACCCCUGGAUCCAGGUAAACCUGGUGCGGAAGAUGUGGGUGACAGGUGUGGUGACACAGGGUGCCAGCCGAGCAGGCAGUGCCGAGUACCUGAAGACUUUCAAGGUGGCCUAUAGUGUCAAUGGUCGCAAGUUCCAGUUUAUCCAGAGCGCAGACAGGCCGGAAGACAAGGUGUUUGUGGGUAAUAUAGACAACAGCGGCCUGAAGGUCAACCUGUUUGACAUCCCUCUGGAGGUGCAGUAUGUACGGCUGGUGCCUGUCACCUGCCACCGGGGCUGCACACUCCGCUUUGAGCUCCUGGGCUGCGAGUUGAAUGGGUGUGCCGAGCCCCUGGGUGUCAAGGACGGCACUGUCCCCGACAAGCAGAUCACGGCCUCCAGCACCUACAGGACCUGGGGCCUGGGCGCCUUUAGCUGGUACCCCUACUUUGCGAGGCUGGACAAGCAGGGCAAGUUCAACGCCUGGACCGCCCAGACCAACGAUGCCUCCGAGUGGCUGCAGGUUGACUUGGGCUCCGAGAGGCAGGUGACAGGCGUCAUUACCCAGGGGGCCCGAGACUUCGGGCACAUCCAGUAUGUGGCAGCCUACAAGGUCGCCUAUAGUAACGACAGCAAGAGCUGGAUCGAGUACAGGGACCAGGGGGCCUUGGACAGCAAGAUCUUCCCUGGCAACUUGGACAAUAAUUCCCACAAGAAGAACAUGUUCGAGAUGCCCUUCCUGGCUCGUUUUGUGCGCAUCCUGCCCGUUGCCUGGCACAACCGGAUCACCCUCCGUGUGGAACUGCUGGGCUGCUAGUGCUGGGCGUGGCUGUGGGCGUGGCCAUGGGGCACCUGCCCCGCCCCUGCUCCUCCUGGCCUCUUGGGGGCCUGCCGCCUUCUCCACCCCACCUCCUGAUUGUAGGCGACCGGGGGACAAGGGUUUCAGUCACCUACUCCUCUCCACUCCCCAUGGCCCCGUACCCUGUUCUCAUGCCAUCCCAUUUUCUUAGACACUGUGGGAGCCGAGUAGGUCUGGGACGGAGAGGGAAGGGCAAAGCAGGGAGCUGGGGUCGCCCGCCCCUCUUGGAUUCCUGGGUCUAGUCUCCGUGGUUCCUCUGCACGCUCUCCCCCACCUCGGGUUCCCAGGGUCCUGGAGGAAGGCCCUGAGGCGCCAGGCUGGAGAUAACAGGCUCCUGCCCCUCAGCACGAUGCUGCCACUCUCCUGCUGCUGCCACCCACCCCCUCCCGACUCCCCCUUAUCUCCCUGGAGACCCACCCCUCUUGACCCUUGCUCUGGAGCUUAAGAGACAGAGGGGGUGGGGUGAGAGAGGGGUGCAGGUGGGCAGGCAUGGGGGGCGCCCUCUGUGCUGGUUCUUACCCAGAGUGCACAGGCAGCUUCCAGAAUAUAUUUAUAUCACCCCCUGAA